CUCCUACUCAAGAUUAUGUUCUGAAUUGCUCAAUAUUAUGCAGAAAAAUAUGCAACAGAUAGUCUCUUCUAGCAGUAUUCUCUUCCUCUGCUGCAAUUGAUGUUUUUGAGAAGCUUCAACUCAAGUCUCAAGUAUUACAAUCUAAUCUAUUGUUAUUCAUAUAUUCAUGCUAGUAUGCUAUAAAUGAAUUAUGCAUGAAAUGGGAAAUUGGGCCACCUGAAGAUUCCACCCCUUAAUCUAAAGUUUAUAAAAUGGCAGUUGUUCGCUACUAUGGAGCCAAGCCAGAUGAACCUGACGACAAUGACAAAAGGAAAAAGUAUGGAGGACAUGAGAUUCCUUCUGGCGGGACUAAUGUUGACCUCAGUCAUUAUGUGCAUCAUGUCUAUGAUCAAGAAAACUUGCAUAGCUGUACUGCCAAUGCUCUUUGUGCUGCCUAUGGAAUGGAUUUGGUGAAGCAGUCUCAAACUAUUGCAGCAGGAUAUUACUUUGACCCAUCACGUCUUUUUCUCUAUUAUAACACUCGAGAACGUGAAGGCAGCCAAUCGAAAGAUAGUGGAGCAUCGAUUCGUGACACGGUCGAAUCCAUGAAUGGCAAAGGUGUUUGCAAGGAGUCUGAUUGGCCUUAUACGGUAUGGAAGUUUAAUCAGAAGCCGCCUCACUCAGCCUAUGUUGCUGCUGUUGGUAAUAACUUGUGUAAGUAUGAGAGACUUGAUCACAAAAUUGAUCAGUUCAGAGCUUGCUUAAAGGACAACUGCCCAUUUGUUUUUGGAUUUAAAGUUUAUGCUAGCUUUCAUAAUAUUUCUGGGCCUAAAUAUACUAUGCAGAUGCCCAAAGCACAUGAAAGAGAUGGUGGGUCUUUUGAGAGACAUGCUGUUGUUGCUGUUGGUUAUAAUGACACCAAACAGCAUAUAAAGGUGCUCAAUAGCUGGGGUUCUGAUUGGGGAGAUAAUGGGUAUUUCUACAUGCCAUAUCAAUUCAUUGAGAAUCGUUUUUUCUGCUUUGAUUUCUGGAAGAUAACGUUUGCUUCUGAACAAGGGAAGCCAUGUCCCAAGGAUGCCGUACAUUUUCCUGAUAUUGUUGGUAUAUUAGGCAAUGCAUUUCAUCCUGAAGCCUCUGAUUUUGUUGGAGCUAGUCGCUACAGUUCAUGUAAUUUUCCACUUUCCCGUGCAUUUGUUUACGGUAAUGAAACCUCUGGCAGUUUGGUUCCUCCACCACUUCCUUUCUCAUCUUUUGAUGGUGUUGGAGCCUCUCCUUAUCCUCCACUAUCCAGAGUUAGUCAUACACCUAGUAGGAACCUUCAUCAUUAUCAUGACCAGUAUGAUUCCACACAUGGCUUUGAAGAUGAUGACUGGAGAUAUUCCAUAGGACCCAGUGUUAAUCAUAGAUCUAGAGCCUAUGACAAUGAUUUAGAUCUAUAUGGCCGUAAGAGACACAGAAGUCACUCAUGAAUCUAGUAAACUCUACAUUAUGAAACAAACUCAAAACUAUAACUAAUUAUUAUUAAUUGUAAUGUAGACUACAGGCACACAUAUAAAUCAUUUUCAUUAAAUGUUAUGUACUUUUAUGACACUUAGAUCUAUAAUUUUUUAAUAAAAUUUUGUUGC